AUGACAUCGAUUUUGCAAAAAUUAACAUUUGGGGUUAAAAAGGCGAAGCCGAAGCAGAUUGUUGAGGAGCGAAGAGAGUUGUCGAAUAUUUCGGAGGAUGCGAUUCGCAAAUUUGAUGAAAUUCGAGAAAAAAUGAUUGGGAAAGUGUUGAAUGUGAAACCGGAAAGAAAGAAAAAAUCGAAAAAGCAAGAAGCAGUUCAUGUGUUUUCGCAGAAUCGCAAACGUCGCCAUGACAGCGAUAAUGAGUCGGAAUGUGAAACAGAAGAGAAUUACGAGAAGGAACUCAAGAAGUUGUUGGAUGAUGUUCGACGUGCGAACCGCAUUUUUACAUGGGGCGAUGAGAUUCCGGAUGUGAUUUUGCGAUUUUCUGAUGCGAAUGUUGAUGAAAAAAUCACGCAGAAACUUGAUGUGAAUAAUAUCAAAAAACCGUCGCCAAUUCAGAUGCAAUCGAUUCCAUUGAUGUUGCAUAGAAGGAAUAUUCUAGCAAGUGCGCCGACAGGCUCCGGAAAAACGCUCGCUUUUGCGAUUCCCAUUAUUGAUGAGAUAUUGAAGUUGAAGCAAUGCGCCGAAUAUUCUGGAGCACCGAAACUUCUCGCGAUUAUUCUGGAGCCAACUAGAGAGUUGGCGUCGCAGACGUAUUCCGAGUUUUGCAAAUAUGCCGGCGAUCAGAUCAAAUGCGGUCAUUUCUCGGAUGAACAUUUGGUUUCGAAUGUCGAUGUUUUGGUUUCUACGCCAAAUCGCAUUGUAUUCCAUCUUGGGCAAAUUAAUCUCGACAAUUUGCGAUGGCUUGUUGUUGAUGAAAGCGAUCGAUUAUUCGAAGUUGUUGAAGGACAAGAGAGAUGUUUCAGAAAUCAACUCGCCGCCAUUUAUAAAGCAUGUGAAGCACAGUGCACACGGGUAGCGUUCUUUAGCGCUACGUUCUCCCAUGAAGUUGAAAAAUGGUGUAAAGAAAACAUCGAGAAUAUUGGAAUGGUGUGUAUUGGUGAACGAAACUCGUCCAAUACAAGUGUCAAACAGGAGCUCAAAUAUUGCGGCUCGGAAGAUGGGAAGAAGAUUGCGAUCAAAACUUUACUCAAGACCCAAUUCAAACCUCCGGCGUUGGUAUUCGUGCAGAGCAAAGAUCGGGCUGUUCAGCUGGUGAAAUUGUUGUCGGCGAUCGAUUCGACUCUGAAGGUUGACUCGAUCACCAGCGAGAAAUCGGAUAAGGAGCGCGAUUUGACGAUGGAGAGAUUCCGAAAAGGCGACACUUGGGUUCUCGUGUGCACUGAGCUUCUCGGCCGCGGUCUUGAUUUAAGCGAUGUCGGAUUGGUGAUCAACUAUGAUCUUCCGACGUCGAUUGUUAGUUAUAUUCAUCGAGUUGGUAGAACCGGUCGCGCUGGAAACAUUGGGCACGCUGUAACUUAUUUCACUGACAACGAUAUUCAGUACAUUAAAAGUAUUGCUACAGUAAUCAAACAAUCAGGAUUCGAAAUUCCAGAGUAUUUAUUGGAAAUGAAGAAAGUUUCAAGGGAUAAAAAGAAGGAAUUGCAAAGACAUGCACCGAAACGACACAAAAUUGCUGUUGUUAAGGAGCAAAUGGCCCGCAGUCGAAGUCGUAGCCGAGAAAGGAGAAGAAGAAGUCGAUCGCGAUCGGUGGAACGACGACGAACACGAUCGAGAUCGGUUGAGAAGCGGCGUGACCGUAGUCGUAGUCGAGAUCGGCGGAAGCGCAGUGUGAGUAGAGAUCGAGAUAGGAGGCAUCGUGACGAAAGGGAUCGUAGAAGUCGCAGCAGAAGCCCUCGCGAUAGGAAAGAUCGCAGUCGGAGCCGAGAUAGAGACCGCAAGGAUCGAAAACGAGAGAAGAAGGCGAAGAAACAAGAAGAAAUCAGUCUUGAUUCGCUCGUUGGCGCCGAAGAGGAGAUGAUGAAAAUGAUGGGAUUUGGAGGUUUCGACACAACGAAGAACAAGCAAGUCGAUGACAAUGUCGAUGGAUGUGUGAAUAUCAAAAAACCGAGAAAAUAUCGACAAUAUAUGAAUCGGAAAGGUGGAUUCAACAGACCUUUGGAUUAUAUCGCCUAA